GUAGCAGAGCCCUGCACUUCUAGGCUUACGCAACUCUCGCCCUCUGUGCCUCAGUUCCGAACUUGUCUUCGAAACUUACGUGCAAACCAGAUAUUGGCAAGAGACAGUCAACAUGCAGUCAGGCAUCUCCGCUUCUGCCGAGCUUCUUACAGCCUUCCAAACUUUCCUGACAACGCCCACCCAGCGCGGCCUCCUCGCCACUAUCUCAAACGAAUCCAUCCAGCCUGGCCCCGCCAUCUCCUCCACCAACUCCUCCUUCCUCUCCGAUCUCUCCAACCUCUUGCCCCACCUCACGCCCAAUGGCGCACUGUAUAUCAUCCUCCGCCGCGCGGACUCUCCCUCUUCCUCUGCUCCAGCUGCGGGCUCGCUCGUUGCGGUAACAUACGUGCCCAAUGCUGCACCCGUACGGCAGAAAAUGCUCUUUGCGUCCACGCGGCUGACGCUGCUGCGCGAGCUGGGCUCUGAGCACUUUGGGGAAACAGUGUUUGUAACCGAAGCAGAGGAGCUGAGUAAAGAGGGGUGGGCGCGGCAUGAGGCGCACGGGGAGGCUGCGAAUCCGCUGACGCAGGAGGAGCAGGACCUCGAGGGCAUUAAAGAGCAAGAGGCAUUGGAGAGCAGGGGCACACAGGGGAAGAGUUUAGCUAGCGGUGGGAACUUAGCUGUGAGGGCGGAUGAUAAGGUGGUGGAGGCUGUGAGUGCGUUGGGACAGGGUGGGGACAAUUUGGUGCAGUUGGCACUGGAUCCCAAGACCGAGACUUUGACCCUCAUAGCUACCUCCACCGCCACCGCUUCCUCUAUCUCCGGCGCAGUCGACAACUCCUCGCCCCGCUUUCUCUUCUACCGCCAUGACACGGCGUCCUCGAAACCGAUUCUCUUCAUCACUACGUGUCCGUCAACUUCGAAGAUCAGGGAACGAAUGCUGUUCGCCGCGUCCCGUAAUGUUGUUAUCCAAUUCGCGCAGAAAGAAGGCGGUAUCACGAUAGCAAAACGGCUCGAGGUCACGAAUCCGGAUGAGAUCACAGAAAAGUUGAUCGAAGAAGAGGUUGGAGAGAGUGGAAAAGAGGAAGUACCAGCAGUGAAAUCGGGAUUCGCGAGACCGAAGAGGCCGGGAAAGAGGUAGAGAAAGUACCAAAAUAAGCGUGUGAAGUUGCAGAUGGUAGAGGGAGAGACAAUCAUUUCAACACCAUUGACGGCCAGUGUAUAGGUGGCGCAGCUAUUGGUAACUACUUGCGAAAGGGGACGAAGAAGUCAAGCAAUCACACGAAUAGACUCGAAAGCUAAAAACUAACAGUGGUCCUGGCAUUAAAACGAACCUGAAAAGCCAUGCUUCGCUUAUGCAGCUAAAAUUUAUGGAUAUGCAUGUGUCAAAACUUCGUUUCUCAUCCCUCUCUUCUAUCCAGCUCGCACCCAUCCAAUAUUUACAAAGCGCCAUCAAGCGGCACUUUUCCCU